AUGGCGUCCUGGAGGUCCGAGAAGCCCGAAUCGAUCGUGGCCGUUGAGUACGCCCCAAUCCCGGGCGGUGUGGAGGAUGCGGAGGAUGGUGUCGACAGCGACCAGCUCCGGAUCUCUAAGCGCUUCCCCGGAACAGUCUGGGCGCGGUAUUCGUGUCUUUUGGGACUGGCCAUCCUCGUCAUGGUCCUUGUCGCCGUAAGUAUCGGUGAGGCAAUAGCACAACAUAUCCUCGGAGAGUCGGAGGCCAAGGACCCGGACGGCCCGUUCGGCAACUGGGGCAAGCCGGGCACGGGUACCGAGCAGCUCGCCUGGUACCCGACAGACUUCCUCCGGGACGUCAUCCCCGUGCCUUGCCACUCGCACAACGACUACUGGCGCAAGGUGCCCCUAUUUUCGGCGCUGUACGCUGGCUGCACCGGAGUCGAAGCAGACGUCUGGCUGCGCGACGGGGACCUCCUCGUGGGCCACGAUACAGCAAGCCUCCAGGUCAACCGGACCUUCCAGACGCUCUACGUCAACCCGCUAGUCGAGAUCCUAACCCGCCAGAACCCGAAGACGAAGUACUACAAUGGAACCGAAAACGGCGUCUUCGACACGGACCCGACACAAACGCUUGUCCUCCUCGUCGACCUCAAGACCGACGGCCCAGAGACAUGGCCCUGGGUGGUAAAGCAGCUGACACCCUUGCGCCAGAUGGGCUGGCUCAGCUACUGGGAGAACGGGCAUUUCAACGAAAGACCCAUCACCGUCGUCGGGACGGGCAACACGCCGUUUGACCAGAUCCUAGGCGGACCCAACACGACGUAUCGCGACGCCUUCUUCGACGCGCCGCUGGACAAGCUAGAAAACUCGCCGUACAACGCGACCAAUUCGUAUUAUACGAGCGUCAGCUUCUGGGACGCUGUUGGGCAGGUGUACUUGGGAGCUGGGAACCCCAGCGAGGAACAGCUGGAGAAAAUCAGAGGGCAUCUGCGCGAGGCUCAUCGGCGGGGCCUGAAGGCGCGGUACUGGCAACUGCCCUCGUGGCCGAUCCACGUCAGGAAUCGGCUCUGGGAGGUGCUGGUUCAGGAGGGGAUUGACAUGCUCAAUGUUGAUGACUUGGCGGCUGCUACGAAGCAGGAUUGGAGGAAGCCGGGAACAUUGUGGGGGAAUCCCCUCCGGUGCUGGUGGUUCGGUUAG